AUGGCCGUUGUGAGCUGCUCGGCCGACGAGCUCCUCCCCCUCGCCGCCCCCAACGCGACCGCCUUCAUAUGCAUUUACCCAUUACUCUUCCCAUUCCCAGGUCGACAAUUUAGCCAAAAUUUCAGAAAAUAUGGCACGAAUGCCAUAGACGCCCAUGCCAUCGAUACAGCAUUCAACCUAGAGACGAGCCGCCACAAUAACCAGCUCCAAGAUUUACUUCAAAGGAACCAAAUUUCUGAGGCACGCCAACUGUUCGACCGGAUGCCCCAAAGAAACACGUUGUCAUUUAACAUGGUGAUUUCCUGCCACCUCAAGUUAGGCGACCUCUUUCAUGCCAGGGAGUUUUUUGACAGCAUGUCAGACCGGACUGAGAUUACUUGGACGGACACUGAUCGGACAGACGUCAGGCCCGAUGCGGUCACGUUUACAACCGUCUUGUCGGGAUGUGAUGAGACGAUUACGAAAAGGGACGUGAGCCAAGUUCAUGCCCAGGUCGCCAAGUUCGGGCUCAGAGCUGACCUAUCACUCUGCAACAGCUUGCUCGAUUCCUACUGCAAGUCCCAGAGUCUCGACUUGGCUUUUGACUUCUUUAUGGAGAUGGCCCUGAGAGACACCAUCACUUUCAACACGAUUAUCACGGCUGCUCGAGAGAAGGUGCGGUUGGCGAGGCACCGGAGGGGCUUUCCCUUUUCGACCAUGCUGAGUGUAGCUGCAAACAUGCAGGAUAUCAAGAUGGGAAGGCAGUUACACGGGCAGGCUCUCGUGACGAAUGCAGAUUCAGAAACCCAAGUGGCGAACGCGUUAGUCGACAUGUACGGCAAAUGCGGAAAGUUUGGGCAGGCCAUUACUUUAUUCAGGAGUUUGGCAUGCAUGGGCACUAUCCCCUGGACGGUCAUGAUUUCGGCCUACGUCCACCAUGGCCUCAAUGCCUAG